AUGUCUCUAGAAGAAAUUGUUAAAUCACUUGCAACUAACACACAACAAUUUCAACAGGAGAUAAGAACAAGCAUCAAGCAAUUGGAGAAUCAAAUUAGUCAACUAGCAACAUCAAUGAACAGGCUUGAAGCUCAAGGUUCUGGGAAAUUGCCUUCCCAAACAAUUGUAAAUCCUCGAGAAAAUGUAAGUGUCAUUACGUUGCGAAGUGGAAAAGAAAUUGACAUUCUUGUUCAGAAUCCUACAGAUUUAGCUAAGAAGACUCAAAAAGAGGAGGCAGAAAAUGAGGCGACAAUCUCUUCUAAGGUAAUCUCUCAAACAAUUGUGCAUAAUUCUGAUAAACCUAAUCCUCUUCCUUUUCCUAGUAGGUUAUCUAAAUCUAAAAAGGAAGAUCAAGAAAAGGAUAUCUUGGAGAUUUUUCGAAAGGUAGAAGUGAACAUUCCUUUAUUGGAUGCCAUUAAGCAAGUCCCAAGGUACGCAAAAUUUCUCAAGGAAUUGUGCACCAACAAGAGGAAGUUGAAAGGUAAUGAGAAGGUAAGUAUGGGAGAGAAUGUUUCAGCCGUCCAUCAAAACAAAUUACCUCCCAAAUGCAAGGACCCAGGUAUGUUCACUAUCCCUUGCAAAGUAGGUAAUGUCAGGAUUGAGAAAGCAAUGUUAGAUUUAGGAGCUUCAAUAAAUGUCAUGCCUCUUUCUAAUUAUUCAUCUUUGAAUAUUGGUCCAUUUAAAGAAACAGAUGUGAUUAUUCAACUUGCUGAUAGAUCUAAUGUGUAUCCUGAGGGAGUUCUUGAGGAUGUUUUAGUGCAAGUUAAUGAAUUGGUUUUUCCUGUUGAUUUUUAUGUGCUUAACAUGGAAGAAGAUGACUCAUCUAAUCUAGCACCAAUCUUAUUAGGGAGACCAUUUCUAAAAACAGCAAGGACAAAGAUUGAUGUUCAUGAUGGUACCCUUACCAUGGAAUUCGAUAGGGAGAUUGUGAAAUUUAAUAUAUUUGAUAACAUAAGGUACCCUAAUGAUGUUCAAUCUACAUUUUCUAUUGACGUGGUUAAUGUUUUUGUACAGGAGACUUUUGAGUUGAGACAUGAGGGCAAGACGAAGGUAAGGACAAAGGAUAAGAAAAAGGACAAAACAAAGGCAUUUCAAGACAAAAUGGUUGCUAGAAAGCAAUUUGUGUUUGGACAAAAAGUUUUACUUUACAAUUCAAGACUCAAAUUAAUGCCUGGUAAGUUACGUUCUCAUUGGAUUGGUCCUUUUGAAGUUACUAACAUAUUUUCUUAUGGUGCAGUUGAGGUACGAAGCUUAGGAACUAAUAAGGUGUUCAAGGUCAAUGGGCAUAGGCUCAAGCCAUUUCAUGAAGGUUUUCAGGAGCAAACCGCAGAUGAAGUGCAAUUGAGAGAUCCAACUUAA